AUCUGAACCAAUGACAUGGACAGCAGCCUGCAAUAUACAGCCUAUUCCAAGCCUCUUCUCGCACAGCGAUGCGAUUGAGACGACGCACUUCAAGUAUAAGCUUGGACUCAGACCUCGAAAUGACGACGACGGAGGCCGUUGAGGUCCAGCCUAAGCUUGAUGCAAGAUGGGAGGUUGUCGGCCCCUUCCCUGCUGGGAUGAGAGAGCAUACGAUAUUUGGGUCGCCUCUACAUGCGUUCCCUCCUAGUUCCGGGGAGGACGUCGAUAUAGAUUUCGCUCGACGGCCAUUCAACACGUCCGACACCUGGCCAAGUGAGCUUGCUGUCGGAGGACAUGUGGAGUGGUCGACAUUCGAGAUGGAAGAGGACGGCAAGCUGGACAUCGCAUUCCAUGGUAUCAAUUGGAAGCAAUACAGAAGCGAUCAUGGUUGGGCAUCACUUCAACAUCAAGUUCUGGCUCGUGGUCGUUUUCAUCUCCCUGGCAGACCUGACGAAGGCGACGUUGCAUUCAAAGUAGAUCUCUUGCAAGGUGUCGAAUAUGCUUUCGUCCCCGUCGAAGGACGCGUCGAUCUUCCUGUUAAAUGGUACCAAGGGGAUAUCUAUAGCUUCGGCACCACUCCUUCCGGAUUGAAAGAUGCAGGCCAGACUUCCAACUACUCUCGAAGUCUUGCAUUCCCGCCCGGAGAAUACAUCAUGCUCAUAAGAGCCAUUUACGAGAUCCGCUUGUUUGGUGAUCCGGGCUUGGACAAGGUGCCAACGAUCAACCUGACCAUUCGAACAGAAAGACAGGCCCAGAAAGUCGAGCUGCUCACGGGGCUAGAGAUAGUACCUAGCGUAGUUGAAGGUCGGAUGAUGGGUCACUGGAUAUCCAUAGGUGUUCGCGUGCCCGCUACCGGCGAGAACGUGGACGUGACAGGCCUGAGCGAAGAUCAAGGAUGCUCUCUCGCAACCGUGUCUCCGACUCGGAUCGCAUCGGGUCAGACGAGAAUGGUCGCAUUGAAAGUCAAGACCACCGGAGCCUUACUUCCGGGCACAACUUCCAUCUCGGUCACCCUACAAGUCAGAAGCAUACAGACUGGCGGGACGGAAAGACUCAUAUGGCAAAUCCCGAUCGAACACAAAUCACUCGCUGACGUUUUGAAGAUCACCUUUGCUGCUCCGGAAGAACCGAUCCACGGUCCACCUCAUUCAGUAGCUUAUACCAUGAUCGUCCCACCGUCCCCAGCUCCUUCAGAUCUAAGGAACACAGCCGACAUCCCGGUCAACCUCGCUCUGCACGGAGCAGGUGUAACGCCGGAAUGGGAAAUGUGGACAUCUGCUCCACCUAAGAACGGAGCCUGGAGCGUCUUGCCUAUGGGCAGGACAGAAUGGGGCGAAGAUUGGCACGGAGGAAGCAUGGCAGAGGCUUGGCGAGCAAGAGAGGUAUUUGGGGAGAUGGCAGCGGAGGUCGGUGUCAAAGUCUCAGAGAAGACGUUGUUGAUCGGUCAUUCAAACGGUGGUCAAGGUGCUUGGCAUUUGGCUGCGAGGUAUCCCGACAGGAUCAUCGGAGUGAUUGCUGCCGCUGGCUAUACAAAGAUCCAAGACUAUGUGCCAUACACCGAAUCCUUUUCCAACCAUUAUGCGGAUCCUGCUCUCAUGGGUAUCCUUAAUUCCUCCCUUACACCAUACAACAACGACCUACACCACUCGAAUCUCGUCUACACUCCCAAGCUAGCCCUUCAUGGCUCUGCAGACGGGAACGUACCGCCGCGUCACAGUCGCCUUCAAGCAUCUAUCAUUGCAGCUUGGUCCGGAGACAAGGAUGCAGUGAAAGUAGUCGAUGUACCUGGCAAGGAUCACUGGUGGGACGGCAUGCUGAACGAAAAGCCAAUUCUGAAUUUCAUUCAGAAAUUGAGACACACGACACCGCUGUCCUGGGCAGAAAUGAGGAAGAAAGGAUUCACUUUGACAUGUGCUAAUCCUGCUGAGAGUGGCAGUAUGGCUGGAAUCCGUAUAGCAGACGUGCUCAUCCCGGGACGGCUCGCUCGGUUGGACGUCAACACGCAAUCAAUUCCGGGUCAACGAGACGCAUGCUUGGUGCUCCUAUCUACCAAUGUGAAGCGUAUCGAGAUAACUCCCGUGGCCGGAUGCUCCGGCAAAGUUUUCAUAGAUGGCGUCCCAGUGAAUGUCGUGCCAGAGACCGGUUCAGUCCACAAUUACAUCUCAAGUGAUCGGCCCGGGAGGGGUUUUGGCUGGGAUCUCGUCGAUCUGAGCGAGCAUUCGCCGGUGUGCGAUUCCCAACUUGGACUGCAGGGACCUGUUCUUCGAAUCUUAGCUUCCAGAGGACCCAUCGUCAUCGCCCAUGGGAACGACGAUCGCAGCCUCUCUCUGGCUAAACGAAUAGCGCAUGAUCUCUUCGUUUAUCACCGGAUUGAUGCAGAGAUAAUCACUAGCGACGAAGCAUCAAAAAAUGAGUAUCAUCCUGUCAGCGGCCAAGGUAACAUCAUCGUACUGGGGAAGAAAUGGAAAGAUCCUGACGAGAGCGAAUCCACGAGACCUUCAUCCGCCUCUCCGAAUACAAGCUCAGACGAGGGUCUGAUAACAUUUGCAGGCCGCUUGAUCGAGGAGCAUGGAACCGGUCUCAUUGCUCUGAGGCCGAUCGUUCACGGCCAUUUUCGAGGGCUCCAGCUUCAUGUCGUCGGAAACGAUGAUGUCGGACUGGAACUAGCUGCUCGUCUUGUCCCAAUCCGAACGGGUGUAUGUAUACCCGAUUGGGCUAUAGUCAGCCCUCGGUGUCAAUGGCAAGGAGCAGGAGGGCUCAUUGGGGCAGGUUUCUGGAACGCAGACUGGACAUUCAGCGAAGUCAUGUCAUGGCUGGAUCGGAGUGCCACUAGAGUCCGAGCAGACGGUUCAUAUCGUUGAACAUGUAAUUUUUGCUUCCGUG